UUCUCUUUCCCUUAACUGAGGUUGAGUGAAGCAUGGAGUCUAAAAAAUGGUUCAUCAGAUUAACCUUACUGUGUAUCUUCAUUGUUCUUCCAUCUUGCAUUUCAACUGAAACCAUUACUCUAAACCAAGCAAUCAAAGAUGGCGAUGUAUUAGUCUCUAGCCGGAAAAUAUUUGCACUUGGGUUCUUCAGCCCAGGAAAUUCUGGUAAGCGUUAUGUUGGAGUAUGGUAUAACCAAGUUCCUAACAAAACCAUCGUUUGGGUUGCAAACAGGGACAAUCCAGUAAAUGAUACCUCCGGAUUCCUAGCAAUUCAAGGAAAUGGAGGCCUUGUUAUCUACGGAAAUGAACGAAAUAUCCCUCUUUGGUCAGCUAAUGUCAGUCUCUCUUCGCCAAACAGUUCCAUCGUCAAGCUUCUGGAUACAGGAAAUCUUGUGUUGCUUGAGAAUGGGGAUAGUCAAAGGGUGGUGUGGCAAGGCUUUGAUUAUCCCACAGAUACAAUGCUUCCCACUAUGAAACUUGGGGUGGACCGACGGUCUGGGUUGAACCGGUCGCUCACAUCUUGGAAGUCCCAAAGUGACCCGGGAAAAGGGAACUGCUCAUAUUGGGUUGAUCCAGGUGGGUUACAGAUGAUUCUUUACAAGGAUGGAGCUCCAAGGUGGCGGUCCGAAAUUGGAUCUUGGACUGGCCAGAGAUGGGGUGUUGUAACAACUUUUGUGUACAAUGAAGAUGAGGUCACCGUGGUGACUAUCCCUACCACCAAUCAGUCAACAUUCUCCAGGACAGUACUCGAUGAAUCGGGAAUUCUUGGACGGUUCAUGUGGGACGAUAGGCUACAUCAAUGGACCGACUAUUGGUCUGCCCCAAUAGAGCGUUGUGAUUUCUAUGGACAAUGUGGUCCAAAUGGUAACUGUGACCCAUAUACUGUUGACACCACACUGAUUACAAUCGGUUGCAGCUGCUUGCCCGGGUAUGAACCCAAGUCUCCGGAAGAUUGGUAUAUGAGAGAUGGGUCAGGUGGCUGUGUAAAUGAAACAGGAAUAUCCAUGUGCCGGAGUGGGGAAGGUUUCGUGAAGGUGAAAAAUGUAAAACUACCAGAUUCCUCUCUGGCAAGUGUAGACAUGAGUUUAAGUUUGAAAGAGUGUGAGAAAAAGUGCUUGGAAAAUUGUUCUUGCACUGCAUACUCAAGUGCCAAUGAGAGCAGCAGAGAGGUUGGAUGUGUGACAUGGUAUGGGGACUUGAUGGACACAUCAACUAAUCCAGAUGUCGGGCAAGAUUUAUAUGUCCGUGUUGAUGCAGCGGUGUUAGCUGAAUAUGCAAAGAAGUCAAAUGCUCUAAGCAAGAAGGGAAAGCUAGCAAUUUCAUUAGCCUCAUCAGCUGUUCUCGCUUUACUUUUACUAGUUUCCCUUUUGUAUUGGUUCAUGCGGAGGAAGAGAAAUGCUAAGCAAACACAAGAGAAAUAUAUAUUCCGAGCUAGCAUGGAAGACUCCACUGGAGAUCUUAAUGAUGAAAAUAAGAUGAACUCAGACGUGCCAUUCUUUGACCUGAGAACCAUAGCAGCUUCUACAGACAACUUUUCAAUUGCAAACAAGCUUGGAAAUGGUGGCUUUGGCUCAGUAUAUAAGGGCAUCCUAUGUAAUGGAACGGAAAUAGCAGUUAAAAGGCUGUCAAAGCAUUCUGGCCAAGGUGUCAAAGAGUUUAAGAAUGAAGUUGUGCUGAUUGCAAAACUCCAACACAGGAACCUUGUAAGGAUUCUAGGUUAUUGUGUUCAAGAUGAAGAAAAGAUGCUCAUCUAUGAAUACGUGCCAAACAGAAGUUUGGACUUUUUCAUUUUUGAUGAAACAAAAAGAGCACUUUUAGAUUGGACAAAACGCUUUGGGAUCAUUUGUGGAAUUGCUAGAGGGAUCUUAUACCUUCAUCAAGAUUCAAGAUUAAGAAUCAUCCAUAGAGAUCUAAAGGCAAGCAAUAUUCUACUUGAUGGUUCCAUGAAUCCCAAAAUUGCAGAUUUUGGAAUGGCUAGAAUAUUUAGUGGAGAUCAAAGUGAAGCAAGUACAAGUCGUGUUGUCGGAACAUAUGGUUAUAUGUCACCAGAAUAUGCAAUGGAAGGACUGUUUUCGGUAAAGUCUGAUGUGUAUAGUUUUGGCGUUUUACUACUCGAAAUCAUUACAGGCAAAAGGAAUGCUGGUUAUUACCAUGAGAAGUAUCCGGAUUCAAAUUUGGUUGGCCAUGUUUGGGCGUUGUGGAAAGAAGGUAAAGCAUUGGAAAUAGUUGAUUCCUGUCUAGACGAAGCGUUUCCUGUCAAUGGGGUUCUCAGAUGCAUCCAAAUUGCUCUCCUGUGCGUGCAAGAAUUUGCAACGGACCGACCAACCAUGCCAACUGUUGUUUUCAUGUUAGGUAAUGAUGCUGCUCUUGCUUCAGCAAGACGACCUGCAUUUUUAGUGAAGAGAAUCUAUUCUGAUGGAGAGCUAUCUGUAAAUGAUGUCACAUGUACAAUGGUAGAAGCUCGCUAACGGCCUAGGAUCCAAUUGUAUGCCUAGUUGUAAUGCUGGUCUUGUUUGGCUAUGGAAGAAGUUUCUUACUGCAUUUGGACUUAUAAGCUGGAUCAAAAAACCAUUGUGCCAGUUGAUUUUGAUCUCCCAAACUUA